CAAGCACUGGCUCCGCAUCGCGGAGUAGCACUGCGCGGAGGAUCUUCGCCUGCGGCUGGUUGCCUGUUCGGCCGGGUUCAGAUAUAAACCGCCGCAGUUGUUGUAUUGCUUGAGUGGGUUGGUGCGCCUGGAAGUCAGUGCGUGCUGUUUCUCGUUGGACGGGGCUACUAGAAUUUGGUGGCCUCUUCUUAAGGUCUUGUCGAUGGAAGAUGUGGAGUUGAGCGAUGAUAUCCUCGGGAGAAUUCUCAGGGGAAGUCCUGUUUUAGAGUCCCUUGAGUUGCGUGGGUGCUGGGGCAUGAAGAACAUUGUAAUAGAUUCUUCAACAAGUGUGAAAGACUUGCUACUCAUCGGCGGCAGUUUCUCUAACUUGGAGAAAACUAGGGCCCCGCAUUUGCUGUCGUUGUGUGUAUCGGGGACAUGGUAUCCACUCAAGGGACGAGAGGAUAUAUCACUUGACAAUGUAUCUUCUUUGGCGGAAGCCAAGUUAGAUUUUGUCAUUCCAACUGGUUGGCCUGUUGCUAAGAGGAUGUGCCGCGACUUGUUGAAGGAACUUCUCGAGAAGCUGCGCGGAGUUCCUACAAUCACCAUUGGUGGUUGCUGUUUGCAGAUAAUGUCCCAUUUGGAGAUGGAAGGAGUGCCAUCUCCAUUGCCAAAAUGUCAGAAUCUGAUACUAGAGGCACCGGUUAGUCAACUGAACCUUCCCGAGAUAGCAUACAUGCUGCGAAGUUCACAGUGCCUGGAAAAAUUAUUCAUACACUUGACUAACCUCCCCCGAUCGAAGUUUUAGCUUGAGCUUGAUGAAGAAUCUGAAGAUCGUGUUAACUUUGACGAAGAAGAAUUACUGUGCUUACGGAAGGGGAACUUGGAAUGUUUGGCAGAACAUCUCAAGAGAGUUGAGAUCAGCGGCAUUGGAGCUGAUAGAUUUGGGUCGAACCAUCUGCUCGCCCUGAUUAAGUUCCUUCUUGGGGAUGCACUUGUGCUGGAGAAGUUGGUUAUCGAGGUUAAAUUGGCCACACACUUUGUUCCGUGCAAACUACUUGGUGCGAAAAAAAUGUGCUCAGAUUUUGAAAAGCGUCCGAAAAUGCCAAGGUUAUCUUCGAUUGGUGUCUUGGUAUAAGCAUAUGAAAGUCCGGGUUUCUCGUUGAUCUCAUGGCUACGCUCAUUUGUAUUAACACUCUUUUCACAGUAAAGUUACGUGAAGCGACUGUAUUGAGUUUUUAACACGUAUCUAAUUUGCUCUUGUUUCGAGUUUUAUUCUAGUUGUAAACAUGAUCCUGUCGAGGAAAGAGGUUCAUAUUAGUGUUUUGGUUCAA